AACCUUGCUUACUGCAAACAGCUGUCCGCUACUUCGCCAGUGUGAGUGAGUCACUGAGUUCGUUCAGUUCGCCAGCCACAGUAAGCUUUGCUUGUCGUAUAGACCCGUCUGUUUCUGCAUCUGUUUGUGCGUGCGUCACCUGCAUCAGACCAACAUGUUCGGCGGAUUCGGUGAUACCUUCAAGAACCUGACAAGCCAGGUGGAGGAUGCAGUGGAGAAGACCAAGAAGGAAGUGGAGGAGUUGGCCAUAGAGAAGAAGAAGGAAGCACAAUCCAUGUUGGAACAGCAGGCCAAGAAAACAGGAGAAGCCCUGUGGAACACGAAGGCAGAAGUAGAGAAGUCUGCAGUGGGAGCAGCGUUGGAUGCCAAAAAGACUGCCAUCGAUGGUUUCGACAAGGAAUGUGCCACAGCCGAGUCAACAGCAGAUGGUGCAGUCAAGGAGAUUUUGGGAUUAGUUCCUCUUGCAGGAAAGUUAUUCUCGACCACAGCCGCCACGACAGAGGCUGGUGCCACCGUCGAUGCUGCUGCUGACGUUGUGAGUGGUGCCAAAGGGGCGGUGGCCGGCGCACUAGGCGGUGUCGAGGGCCAGAUACAUGGGGCAGUGGACGGUGCUGUCAAACAGGUGGAGCAAGUGGUGGAUGCCAAGCUGAAGGAAGCUGACCAUUUUCUGGACGAGAAGAGAGAUGAAGUGGUCAUCAAGCAGGUCAAGGAAGCCACCAGCAAGGCCUCCGGACAGGCAGAGGAGGGUAUCGGCUCCGUGCUCGGCAAAGCUAAAGGUCUUCUUAACUUUUAAGACUACCGGCAGUGAGUGUGGAGAUCAAGUCCGCUUUGUCCGCUCUGUACCACUACAAGAACUGUGUUCCUAGAGUUCACAAGCAACUCAUCUCUUUGUCGUAUUCAGGAUCUAGGCUAUAUUCUACCACGUGUCAUUGUCUUUAGUUGGCCAGUCUUAUCUGCAGUAUUCACCCAUUCCUUGUACCGUUAUCAGUUGUCUUGUUCUCGUGGGGUCAGAGGGCCAAGGUGAGAUCAUUGUGAAUGUACAGUUAUUUCUGUGUCGUCCGGCCAUUUUUGUGUUUGCUUCGUUGUAGAUCGUAGUUUGUUACAUUUAUUGAGUCUAUGUGGACUCUCCUAGAAUUAAGUAUUCAGUAAUCAGAGCUGUACCGUUACGACUGAGAGUGGGGUUUUAAUACUUUUUUUAAGAACGGUUUUAUUUAUUGUGAGCUACGUAACCAUACAGACCGUUUCGUGUUAAAUUUGGGAAGAAUACAAAUACUCUAUUGAUUGUUGCUUAAAUGAAAACUGAUUAUUUGGAUCCGCUUUACAAAGUUACUACCGUACGUUCUGCUUCUAUUGGUAUACAAAAAGUAGCUUGAAAUUAAGUUAAUUAACUUAUGUUUUGCCAAGACUAAAAUCAAAUUACAUAGUGAAUAGAAGUAAUUGAAAAUCAAAACAAAGUUAACAAUUCUCCCCUGCUAUUUUAAGCUUGAUGAUUAUUUCCCACAGAUCUGUUUUAUGUGAUUUUUAGAUCUGCCUGUAUACUAUUUUUUAUAGAAAUUAUAUUUGUUCAUGUAACAUAGAUGCAGCUAGUUUUGAAAUGGAUAUUUUUUUACUGUUGUUACGCAAUGUCACAAAUUAAUUGAUUAUUGUUGUUAUGCAAACAUGUUAUAAGCACCAGCAAGCACGUCAAUUAUACAUCUGCUGUAUUAACGUUUGUAUUGGUUGUCACCAAUAAAGUUUUAUUUCUA